CAAGUGCAAAAUUUCCAGGCUUGUUUUGUCUACGCGAAGCUUUGCAGAAGUGAUAAAUAUUACUAUUCUCAACUAAGUGGAUAUAACAAGUACAGUGUGGCCACAUGCACAAUCAUAAACGUGAUCCAGCACUCAACCUUACCUGAGGGUGCAUAGCAUGCAGAGGAUGAAAUGAAGAGGCCUUCGAAUGGGAAGAGUGGCAGUAGCUGUGAUUUCUGCACCUCAACGAAGACGGCCGGUGUCAAGCAGAAAAUGGGAUAGCCCCUGUGGUAUUUGGUAUUUCCAAAUAUCACACUUGAGUGAAAUACGUUGGAAAUCCGCAAAAAAGUGUAAAAUAGUCCACAGAUAUUAAAGGGAAUUGAAUCUUUCAAACAUUGAUAAAAUCAACAUCCAUAAAACUGACAAAAACCGUGAAGGCAAAGCAGUAAGGUUAGCACAACAUACCCCUGUCUGGAAAUAAUGAUCUGUGCAUAAGUGACAAGAAGUAUUAAAUAUUCGUAUGCAUGUACGGCAGUGUAAAAUAACGCUGAGAUUCUGAAAUGAAUUCAGUCGUGAAAAAGUGAAAGAAAUAAAGUUCUUUAACAAAUGCAUCACUCAAAGAGAGCAAAAAGGAAAAAAAGAAGACGAGACACAUUCUCAGAAACUCUUAAGAGCAGUGCACGAUUUCGAAGAGGAAAAAAUCCAACCAUUCCAUCACCAGCCCCACAUCAGGUCCAGACAGGAGGCCUCCAUCAUCUGGACCAGAAGAAAUGAUAAUCGUCAACUGUUGAAUGGCUUCAACAAUUGCACUUUUCUCGAUUGACAUUUUUCAACUUAACCCUGACACUGAUAUAAAUAGCAUUUUCCUUUGUUUCCAUUUCCAAGUUCCAUUUAUUUCUUUAUUCGUUCAUUUCCAUUCGCCCUUUCUCUGACAGUUUCGUCCUUCUUAUGUUUUUCAUGUUCUCCGCCAAUCACUUCUUGUCGUGAAGAAAAACUACAGUCUUUCUUUCGCUUAUUACCUUCAUUUUUUUAUGUUCACUCCUUUGUUUUAUGCCGGAAGUAAGCUAAUGGUUUCCGAAUAAUUUUCUAAGCCCACCACGAAAAGAGACUCGUGUUCUAUUCGCCUCGAAGACACUGAAACUGUUAUAAAAUCGGUGCCAAUCUUCAAGCCUCUGUUUUUCACAAAGUCAAACUCUUAUGAACGGCGUUCUCCUCCAGUACAUCCUUUCAUAAUAACUAGUCAUUUUCUACCGCUUAAGUAAACUUCCACAAAAGCUUACUUGCUCUGUACUCAUUGUUCCCGUAACUAAAGAUAUAUGCGAAAUUUGUAGUUCACCGGCACUCUCUCUCUCUCUCUCUCUCUCUCUCUCUCUCAAGCAAGGCAUCCCACAAUUGCUGUUGACCUGACCUCGCAGCAGCUUCCCGUAGCCUUCCCUAGCAAGGCACUGUCUCAGCUCAUUUCAUUUCCCGUCACCCUUCCUUGGUCCCUUCAGGAUGCAACAGAAUCAAUUGUACGUCAUCCAGGUGAACACGAUGAACAAAGGCGGUCCUCUAGCCCUUCCCGCUCCUGCCGGUGCCCUCCUGCCCUCUGAGGUCAAAUACUCGGCCUCUUUGGUGAGGGGCCUUGGAUGUAGCCAUCUCGUCCUUGGAGCUGUUCUCUUCCUCCUCGGAGUCCUCGGUUCCUGGGUAGAGCCAGAAACAUGUUGGGCUGGAGCAGGAAUAUGGGGCGGUAUAUCCACCAUUGCUUGUGGCAUCUGUGGUCUCCUAGCUUACCAUCUCUGGUAUAAAAAUUAUACAAUCAAGGCCUUCUUGGUUACUUCCGUCGUUUGUGUUGUUAUAAGUAUUUUAUCCAUCGUCCUCACCAUCUACGGCCUUGUGAACCGCUAUGAGCACUACUAUUAUCUCAUAGAAAGAGCAGAAAAGCACCCUUGGUUCAGGCCUUACAAUCAGAAUCAAGAACAACAAUUAACUUUGAGCGUGAGCGCAAAUCAACUGGUGGGCUUCAUUCUCGAGUUCAUACUAGCCGUCUGGUCCGUCAAAAUUGGCUGGAAGGGAGUACGAGCAGAAGAAUUCAGUUCAAGUCGACGAGAUGCCCUGUGUGAUGACCUCCAGAGUGUAGUGUCUGUGCCACAUCAUAAUGGACAAGUCCCACUCGCAGCUUUGUACCAACUUCUCCAGGCUCAUCCAGAGUUACUCGGCUCCAAGAACUUAAAUGGCAGUUUAGGACAUCCCUGGGUUCCUGGUUUGGAUGACAGGACUUCACAACAAGCGAUGGAUUAUCAAGAGCGUGUAUCACGUUUCCUCUCUCAUGCCAUCGAAGAUCAUAAUGGCUCCUUCAGCAGGUCGCCUUCAGUCUUCCAGGGGGAGAUACAAGAAAACUCGACCCUAACAAGGCCCGCCUCAGUAGCGGGUGGCAGUGAAGGCCGAGGAUCACUAUCACGGGGGUCAGCUGACACUUUAGUCAUUUCGCCUCAUCCAAGCAACGAAGGGCACCAGAGGGCACCACCUCACGAAGACCCACGCGAGAAAAAGGUUGCUGGCGGAGAACAGAGUCAAACAGAUACAAUGAAGUCUAAAGCUAAACUACAAGCAACUAAACAAAAGUUUGAAGGCGAGCUCAAGGGGAAGGCACCCAACCCAAAAGACUCCAAACAAAGUAAGGGAAAGGAAAAGGUGGUCAAGAAAACAGAAAAAUUAGAGAACCAAAUAACAGAAGAACAAGUGGAAAGUAGCAUUAGCGUAUAUAAAGAAAGUAAUGAGGACGCAAUACCUGAAAAAUCAACAAAAGAUAUGAAGAACUAUGAAAAGAGCUCAACAGAAGAGACUAAAGAGAUGGCCGUUUCCCAACCAGAAGACCUGCAAAUAACGGCUGAAAGCAGUCACCAUAGAAGAUCAAAGGUCCCUGUAGAGGGAAAUGCAGAAAAUGAGGCAUGCAAAUCUGAGAAUAAAUCCAAAAGUACCAAAAAGAGGAGAAGCACAUCUAAAGAAAGGAAAGAAGAGGCUCCUUCUCCUUCUCCACCGAAGACAGAAAAAGAAGAGAAAAAACCAAAGACAGAAAAAGAAGAGAAAAAAACAAAGACAGAAAUAGAAGAGAAGAAGCGCCAGGGAACCAUAAUGACGUCACCAGAAGACGAAAAGAUAGGCAGCAAUGCAGUGAAGGUAUCUAAUAGAAAAACUAACGAAAGCAAAGACAAAAGGGAAGAAAGAAUUAUGUCUGCAGAGAAUACUGAAGAACGUCAAUCACAUAAAGGAGAAAAACGCAAAUCUAGUAAGAAAGACGUACCCACUGUAAAUGAAGAAGAUAAAACAAAUGACACUAAGAAAAAGGAACAGAAAGAAAGUACAAAAAAUGCAACGGAAACGAGUGACACUAAAGAGGAUGCCAGACCCACAGAAGUUAUUCGGGUUGAAACAGACACCAACGUGAAUGCUGAUUCAACAUCCGCGACCUCUAACAUACCCCAGAAUGACAAGGCAAAAAAGUCAAAAAAAUCUAAGAGAGAUAAAGAGUCCAAAGGGAAAUCAAGGAAGCAUAAGGAAGUGACCAAAAGCAGCAUCAUCCCAGAGGAGAACGUCAAAGAUGUGACGGGAAUAUCUGACGCAAGUAAUACUAAUACAAAGGUGACAAAACUUACGGAUGACUCAAAGCUAGUCAAAGAUACUCAGCAAAGUCUGGUGAUUGAUCUAAAGCCACCUAGUGAAUUCCAAGACAGUUCAUUAAACUCUACGGCUUCAUAAAUAAACAGUUACAAUACCAUCAAACUUUUCUUUAGAAGUUACAUCAUGGCUAAAAGACACUGUGACUAUUUACCCGAAAGAUAAGUCAAACUAGAAUGGGAAACUCCUCCAUUCGUGACCGACACAUUUUGGAAAGUUUUAAACAACAAUUAAAUCCAAAUUACUAACAUAGUAUUGCAAAGCUGAGUGAUGCUGAAAUACAAUUAAGUGAAUUAAAUAACUGAACGCAAUACUGCGCAUGUCUUUAUUCUAUCAAACGUCACAACAGUCUGACGCGGUUCGGAGUCGCCAUUUACUCUAUAUUUGCUGCAACACAAAACAUCGAUUGGUGUGGAAAGGUUUGUGUGAAAGUAAAUAUAGAUUAUUUACCUUGUAAUGUUAAAUACUGUAUAAAGUUCAUUAGAUAUUCGAAUACUUAGGUAUAUUCGCUGUGAUUCACAAGCUCCUCUUUACCUGUUCUCACAUUUUGUAUCAUUAUACGUAUAUAUGUACACACACACACGAAGUCAACUUGACACGCAAAAUACUUGCUCAUAAACUUCAACUGCUAUACUGGAAUGUAUUAGUUGCCAUCUGCAAUAAUUCUGAAGAAUUAUAUUUUUCUUGUCCUGUUCAUAAUCAAAUAUAUCUUUAUAGAAACG